AUGGCUGCUGCCGACCAACAGUACGGAAACAGAGGCUACGGCCAGAUUGGCUCCGCUGGAGGCAACCCCUACGAUGCGCGCGACCAGAGUGCCGGCUACGACAACUACGACCGCGAUGUAGAGAUGCAAUCCUACCCUGGUGCUGGUGCCGACCCCAACGCCAUUCUCAAUGAGUGCCGUGAAGUCGACCGCGCGCUCGACGACCUCGAUGCCCAGCUCAACAACCUCGACCGCGUCUUCAGACAAUCGCUGGCCCGCCCAGAUAUGCCCUCUGGCGAGAUCAACAACCUUAGCUCUCAAAUCAUGACGGGCUACCGCGCACUUGUCACUCGCGUCAAAAACAUCAAGUCGAAACCCGAUUCAGGUCACCCCAGGAACGCCCCUCAAGUUGGCAAGGUCGACCGCAGGCUCAAGGCCACCAUCAACAGGUAUCAGACUCUCGAGUCAGACUUCCGAAGGGAAUCACAGGCGGCUGCUGAGCGCCAGUACCGCAUCGUGCGCCCAGAUGCCACCGAGGAAGAGGUUCGCGAGGCCGUUUCAGACCCUGAUGCGCCCAUCUUCCAACAGGCUCUUAUGAACUCCGACCGCCGUGGCCAAGCCUCGUCUACUCUGCGCAACGUCAAGGAGCGACACGAGGCCAUUCAAAACAUAGAACGUCAAAUGGUUGAGCUCGCCCAGCUGUUCCAAGACCUCGACCAAAUUGUCCAGGAGCAAGAACCGCUCGUCGCCAACAUCGAACAAAAGGGCGAAGAGAUCAAUGAUAACGUCAAGGCCGCCAAUGUCGAGAUUGACGGUGCCAUCGACAAGGCCCGCGCCCGCAACCGCAAGAAGUGGUGGUGCGUCCUCAUCGCGCUCAUCAUUAUCAUCAUCAUCGUCGUUAUUGCUGUCGUGGUCACACAAGUCAAUAAGUCUACCAACACCAAAUAA